CCUCCUGAGUCGACGGACGCACCGGCAGGUCCAAAACCGGACUUAGGUGAGUUUCCCAGCGGACACAACAGAGGAUUAAAUGAGCUGUUUCCCAGGGUGAUGGAGUGGAGCCAGUCGUUACAUGGACAGCGCGCUUCAUUUGUCUGGUUCACUGAGUCCCAGCUCCAGUCUGUGAUCAGGAAUGGCGUGGUACCAGAAUGGUUUCAUGGCAUCAUCUCCAGGAAGACGUCAGAGGAUCUGCUGAUGUCCAAACCUCCUGGCUACUUCCUCAUCAGGGUCAGUGAGAGCCGGAUUGGCUACACCCUCUCAUACCGCGCUGGCGACCGCUGCAGACAUUUCAUGAUUGAUGCAUUAGAGGACGGCCAGUACAAUAUAGUAGGGGAGAACAGGCGCCACCGGUUCCUGCAGGACCUGGUGGACUUUCAUCGAAGGACUCCGAUCGCGCCUUACACUGAGGUGCUGACCGUCGCUUGUGGACAGACCUCGAAUGAUAAGACCGACUAUGCGGAACUACUGUUUCCCCAAAGACAUCUGAACCCUAAAGCAAGUCUGCCACCAGACCAAGUCCUGCUUCCCAGCGUGAGUCAGCCAGUGUCGCCAGAAGACAUCCCACCUGCCCUUCCUUAUCGACCGAACAACCUGAGGCACUCUGCGGUCCUGACCCCAAACAGACUCUACCCUAGUUUGGAAGAAGGAUAUCCACAUGUCACCUCAUCUUUGUCAGCCACGCCCGUACUGAUGAACAGAACCAAAUAUAAAGCCGACCAGCCUCCAUCUGACCAGCCUCCUGAAGUCCCUGCUCGGCCUGCCGGUCCUCCACUGAAACAGAACCAGGCUUGUAUCGGAUCAGUCUCUGCACCUGAAAGUCCCACCACACUCACAGCCACUGAACACCCACCUGGCGCCAACACACAGUCUGUAAAGAACCAGGAAUCAAAGCUGUCAGUCGUCACCAACCUGAAGAACCUCAAGAAGAAAUUCCAUAAAAAGAGAUGCAUGUCGCAGGAGCGUAUGUACACGGAGAUCGAUUUGAAGGCGACUGGCAGGAGUGGAAACACUGAGAGUGAAUACCAGGAGAUCACAGACGAGGUAAUCUCCAGUGGUUCAGCAUUUUCCAGCCCUUUCACCGAUGUGAGUCUGAGUGAUGAAGAGUUACCUCAGGAGUACCUUCCGCCUCCACCUUUUGCUCCAGGCUUCUGAUAUACAACUGCUCCCUUAGUACAUACAGAUGGAUCAAUCGGUUGCUUGAGGAAUGACUGGAAAAAAAUAAAGUUAAUGGUUGUUAAGAUGGUGGACAGUGUGCAUCUGAACCAGAGUAGGUGGAGAUGCAGGACAAUAGCAGCAUCCAAAGGAAACAGAACGAUAGUCCACGCGUUGUAAAUGAAACCUUACAAGCUUAAUAAUAGUCAGUUUCAGUCCUAAACUGGUCAACUGGUAAAUCUAAAGAUAACUAGACAUGCAAACAGGCAUUAAACAGGCCCAAAACUUUUUUCUUUAAUAUACUGGUUAGUGUGCAAACUACUGUAUGUCUCCCUUUCCUUUUAUAUAAGGGAUUGAAAGCUGCAGAUGCUUGAAUUGUUUUGUUUAGAACUCAGCUGCCUAUAAAAUUGUACCAAACUGCUGUCCUCGUGUGACUGUAAUUAUUGCCAGUGAUGAGGACAUGCUUUAUGCUCUAUGUAUUUUAUUGUGUCUGUUCAACAGGCACAAUAAAAGUCUUCUCUGGCUCAGCUUUUAAAUGUUGUUUAAAAUAUGUUUUAUACAGUAUGCUGCUCUGGUUAAGUUUAAAGUGUGAAAAGGCAGUUGGAGGAAGGUUUGUGUAGCAUAUGUAAAUCAUGGUUAAUUUUAGCUGCUGUGAAUACAGGAGACAUAUUGUUCUGUAACGUCAGAUGCUGAUCUCUAUCAGCGAUAUGGCAGGGGAAGCAGGCAGGAUGAAGAUACCAGUCAAACUCGUUUCACUGGUAAAACAUACAGGUGAGUAAAAUCCACCUCUCUAUAGUUUCUGGACACAGAAGUAGCUAUUUCCCCAAAACAUCAUUUCAUUUGUACUUUGUACUCAAUGUUUAACACUUAUGUCUACGACUAUGAUAUCUCUUUACAAAGCGUCUGAUUUUGUCAGACGACUGAGCUAAUAAAUCACAUUUGGAAAAGG